AUGAUGAACUUCGUACUCUCCCUGCUGCUCCAGCUGUCAAUGUUCAUGCUCGCCGAGGCAGCUCCCAUGACGGUCCAGUCAGCUAAGCCCUGGCAAGCUGGUACCGGCGGUGGUAUCAUUGGAUUCAUUGUCCUUGUCCUCGACAUUAUCGCAUGGAUCGAGAUCUUCAAGUCCAACCGUCCCGUCCCCAACAAGGUGCUCUGGGCACUCGUCGUCUUCCUCUUCCCUGUCGUUGGCAUGAUCAUCUACUACCUCUUCUCCAACCGCCAAGCCCACAACACCUACGAGCCCAUCCCGGCAUAA